GCUCAAUAUCCCACUUCAUAUUCGGCAUAAGAUUCAUAGAGUUCCCAUCCCAACUGAUAGAGUAAUAGUACUUCCAAUUCGUACUGUAUCUCAAGAUCGAUGACGCAAAAGAUACUUGUGAAGUUGCACGUUCAUUGUGACAAAUGCAGAACCAAGGCUUUGAAGAUUGCGGCCACUGCUCCUGGUGUGACCAAAGUGUCAAUACAAGGUGAAGACAGAGAUCAUCUGGAGGUGAUUGGGGAUGGAGUUGACGCGGUGUGCUUGACUAGGGCUAUGAGGAAGAAGCUUGGAUCUGCCGAUAUAGUCAUUGUGCAACAAAUGUGAUGAAUCUAUCAUGAACCAACAUAUAGUAGUUAUAGGUUUUUAAUGUAAUUGAGGGCGAGUUUGGCCCAGAUGAUUAAUAUAAAAUCAGCUU